GCCAGCAACCCCACAGACCCCUGGAUAGUGGGAAGUCGGGGGUUGGGGGCCAUGCCAGCCCCCCGACAAUGUUCCACAUUCCUGAGUACCAUGAUGAAGACGCUUUCCCAGUGGAAGAGAGGGAUCUGCCGGACCACAAGCUGAACUGGAGGGGAAUUGCCGGAGAGGGCAAGGAGCCAGACAGUUCAGCAGACCGUGGGACCACUCGCACUGAGCUCCAAGGUUUGCAACUGGAGCUGAGGCACCGCAUCAGGUCAGAUCCUCCCUUGCCCGAGUCGGAGCCGCCAGAUGAGGUGGGCACGUUCCGGGGCCGUUCGCAGUCUGCCCCUCCCAUCCUGUGGGCUGCCCAGCGAUAUGGACGGGAACUGCGGAGGAUGAGCGACGAGUUCCAUGGGGCACUGCAGAAGCUGCCACGUCCCAAGAGCGCAGGUACCGCCUCACAGAUGUUUCGAACAUCAGGCUGGAAGGAGACCCUGCAUUCCUGGUGGCGACGGAGCUCCCCAGGGCUUCCCAGAAGUCCUCCAUGA